AUGGACUACCUGCGGUCGACCGUUUUUGCCGAAAAGUUUGACCCACGUGAAGAGAGGUUUCCGGACUAUUUUCUGGAUCUGUGGCAACUUGGAAAGCUUGGCGUAGCAGGAGUGCAUCCAAUGUAUUGGACUCAGCUGCAAACCAUCGUACUCAUGCAGACCCUUCUAAAUGUCGUAGUUGCAAUCAUCAUCUUCAAGUUCAUUGUCCAGAGACGAGGCUCGGCACUUUCCUAUUCUAUUGGAUAUGGCAUCGUGUGUCCAACCCUCGUCUGCGUACCAGUAUGGAUUAUCUCAUUGGCUGAUCUUUACAAUCCAGCUUUUCUCGUUGCAUCCGCAGCCAGUCCAGUACUACUGUUUUUUCGAUGCCUUGAGGCUAUGCACGGAACAGUACCGGCCUUUGCCGAGAAGAGUUUAAGUACCUUUUUGCUAUAUUACUGCGCCACUGUGCAGUUUGAGAUUGAUCCAAAUACAGGUCACGUUAUCCGCAUUGACACCAAAUAUUUGAUUUCGCAAACCUUGAAAUUCCUUAUACUUUUCGCUGAGAUCUCGGUGGUAUUCAGCAUUUUGAUUCCAUUGGACUAUCAGGUUUUCUCGCAAAAGGAAAUCACAAGUUUAACCGACCUGUUUUACUGGGGGAACCUUGGAAACAACUAUGUCAUGGCGUUUUUAACAGCGCUGAUGAUUGAAGUUGGUGCUACGGGUGUUGGUUUGCUUACGUCUUUGCUGAGUGGCAUCAAGACUGUCCAGCUGAAUUUUAAUCCCUUGACAGCAAGUUCAAGUCCAUCAGAUUUCUGGGGGAGGCGGUGGAAUCGACUUGUAUCGUCGGGUUUAAAGCGUGGUAUCUUUCGACCUUUUCGCAAGAACGGGUACGGUCGCAACACUGCUGCUCUUGCUACAUUCCUGGUCAGUGGCUUACUUCAUGAAUACAUUCUAGUUAUCAUUGCCAUCCGCAAAGUGAUACAAAUGAAUCAAAUAUCUCUACGUGGUACGCAUUUUUUGUUUUUUUUCUGGAAUGGUAUCGUUCUGUUGGCCGAGCCACCCCUCACGGAGACUCCCUUCGUUCAAUGGGUGUCGAGAAACUUUCCUAGACCCGUGAAAACCUUUCUCGUCGUUCUGACUGUACUACCUGUCGCUCAUCUAUUUACCAACGAGUAUAAGGAGGUCUAUGAUGCCUUCAGUCUUGGAUUCCCAAGAUUCUACAUUCUGUAA